AUGUGUCGAACAUCAUUCAUUAUAAUAUUACUGGCUGCACUAUUUGGUCUGUGUCAUAGCCAAUCCUACACUCCAACAUGGAGCAGUAUUAAUUCCAGACCUCUUCCUGAAUGGUAUGAUCAAUCUAAAUUCGGAAUCUUCAUACAAUGGGGAGUAUACUCUGUUCCUGCUUAUGCCACUCCAAUGGUUCCAACAGCUGAAUGGUAUUGGCAUACACUAGAGAACCCCGACUUGGACGAUGGCGCCACUCAAGCCUAUCAUAACAAAUCUUAUGGACCAGAUUUCUCGUAUCAAUCAUUCGCUCCAAUGUUCAAAGCUAACCUGUUUGAUGUCCAGCUGUGGUCUGAGGUGAUCCGCGCCUCUGGUGCUCGCUACGUCGUGCUGACCAGCAAGCAUCAUGAGGGCUACACCAACUGGCCUUCGGCAGAGUCAUGGGGAUGGAACAGUGCCGACGUUGGUCCCAUGAUGGACAUUGUCGGAACCAUCUCCAAAGAGUUUAAACAAUCGGGAUUGUACAUGGGAUUGUACUACUCCCUCUUUGAAUGGUACAAUCCACUCUACCUCGCCAACAAAGAUUCAGGAGUACCACCAACAUCCAACUCCUAUAUCACAGAGGUAAUGAUGCCUCAGUUGUUGGACAUUGUAAACACCUAUCAGCCAGAUAUAAUAUGGAGUGAUGGUGAUUGGGAGCAGAACUCAACAUACUGGGAGAGCACUGAUUUCCUAGCAUGGCUCUACACCAACAGCUCGGUCAAGGAUACUGUAGUCACCAAUGAUAGAUGGGGAGCUGACUGCCGAGGCAAGAAUGGUGGAUUCUGGACUCCAACAGACCGUUACGAUCCACUGAGGUUGGUUGGACACAAGUGGGAGAACUGUUACACCAUUGGAACAUCAUGGGGUUACAAUCAAUAUGAACCACUUGCAGCAUACCAAACAACUACCCAGCUUCUAGAGGCUAUGGUCACUACAGUCAGCUGUGGAGGCAACUUCUUGUUGGACGUCGGACCUACCUCUGAUGGUAUAAUCCCACUGAUCAUGCAGGAUAGACUUUUGGACAUUGGUGAUUGGAUGGGUAUCAAUGGUGAGGCCAUCUACAACAGCACUCCAUGGAGAGUGCAGAAUGAUACAGCGGACAUUUGGUACACCUACAAUGCCGACUCUGAUGUCAUCUAUGCAUUCUCCUUUACCUGGCCUGUCGGCGGUCAGCUCCAACUACACUCGCCAAUAGGCAACCCGUACUCUACUAUUGAGAUUCUCGGAGUGAACGCUGUCAUCCAAUGGUGGGGACCCAAUCACAGCAUUCCAGGCAUGAAGAUAUUCCUUCCUCCAUUGGCACCAUCAGAGUACCCUCCUCAUGGUGUAUAUGUAUUUGCUCUAUACAAUGUUCAG